AUGUCUACUCAACAACCACCAUUUGUAUUCUAUCCAACUGCAUCAAAUAAUAAUAAUAUGCAACAACCAACAUUUAAUCAACCUCCACAACAACAACAACCAAAUGUUGUCUCCGGAGGUGUUCCACAACAUCCAUUCGUAUACUAUCCACAAGUUGUGAUGGGACAAAACGGCCAACAACAAUACAUUCUUUCUCCUCCACCAAGAUUUACCCAACCAACUAUUUAUACUACUCCUGUUGUGAUGGAUCAACAAGCUAGUAGUAGUAUUCCUUUGGAAAAUAAUUUGCAACAAGUUGAUAAUCAAAAUACAACAAGAUCAUGUUCAUGGUCAUCAUGUAGAUCUAGCAAAUUCUGUAAAUACGUAAAGGAAAAUAGAUGGUUCACUGGUCAAAUUGUAGUGACAAUCCUCAUGGCUAUCCUUUGUAUCGCUGCCAUUGCAAUGUAUCCAAUGGUUGGAGGUGUUAUGGCUUUCAAGAUUUUAUUGUCUGUUGUCUGUUGUGUUGCUGCUUAUAAGAAGAAGUAUUUGGCAUUGAGCUUCUUCAGUGGUUCUAUUCUUGUUGAUUUACUCUUGUCCUCCUUCAUUAUUGGUUUGGUUGGUUCUUCCAGCCAUUCUGACUAUAACUAUGUCAAUCCUGCUCUUACUCUUCCAUUCCAAAUUUCAUUCCACAUUCUUGAAUUGACUUUCUUGGUUAUCUGCCUUGUUUUAACUGCAAAGAUUCACAGAGAAGUCCACUCAACAAGCGUCCCAGCUCAAGAAAAUGUUGUUCCAGUUUUGUCUACUGAAACUCCAGUUGUUGCCAAUACUUCCUCCCAAGAAAACUACUCUCGUCUCCAAGAUGAACAAGAAUCUCAACAAGAAGCUGUUCAAAGAUAUUACCCAAGCUUGAACAAUAACAACAACCAUUAAGUUAUUGUAAAAAUCGAACAAAACACUACCUUAUAAAAUAAUUUCUGUACAAAAUGUUUUAAAGUAAGAAAAUAAAAACCUCGAUUCCUUCU